AAAAUUUAUGUUUGAAAAAAACUUCCUUUAAACAAACUUCCGUCAAACUUCUAUGUAACAAUUUUCCCUUUGAACAAAUUUCUUACGUACACAUUUCUGGAUAGGUUGUAGGAUAUGUAUUAAUAUAAAAUUAGUCCACUAAUGUUGUAAUGUUUUAUAUACCGGUAUGAACAUUAGCAUAGUACUGAUACUGCUUCACAACAAAUAUGAGUACCGGGUAACAUAUAUGUGCACUGUAGCUACGAGCUUAAGUAGUACUAAUGAAGAAGAGCAGAUGGAUAUACCAUUGGUCGCCAUUGCUUGGAGAAAAAAACAGCAUUUCUUGAUACAUAGAUGUGUAGAUUGAUUCUAUAAUUGUUACCUGUUUAUUCUGGUCAAAUCGAGUUAAAAUUCCAGACAUCUUUGCUAUUUGAUCCUGUCAGAUUUCAGUGAGUGUGUUAAAGGGGUUUGGAGGGAAUAUUAGCGUUUGGAUAACAUUAUUUGUGCAAUUGAGGUGUAUUUAAAAAGCUAUGUCAACACGAUUAGCAUGUACUUGCCAAGUCUCUUUAGCCUGUACUUUCCAAGUCUAUUGAGCCUGUACUUUCUAAGUCUAUUUAGCCUGUACUUUCCAAGUCUAUUUAGCCUGUACUUUCCAAGUCUAUUUGUCCUGUACUUUCAAACUCUAUUUGGCCUGUACUUUCCAAGUCUAUUGGGCCUGUACUUUCCAAGUCUAUUUAGCCUGUACUUUCCAAGUCUAUUUGUCCUGUACUUUCAAACUCUAUUUGGCCUGUACUUUCCAAGUCUAUUGGGCCUGUACUUUCCAAGAAAAUUUGGCCUGUACUUUCUAUUUAGUCUAUACUUUCCAAAAAUAUUUGGCCUGUACUAUCCAUUUCUAUUUAACCUUUACUUUCCAAAAAUAUUUGACCUGUACUUCAAUUUGUAUUAGGCAUGAUUUACUUUCCAAGUGAAAAUGGUAUCUCCUAGUCUAUUUAGCAUGAACUUUCCAAGAAUCUCUCCUUGUUCAUUCUUUCACUGACCGUAAAUGAGAUUGGUGCAGUUAAGUUCCUCUUCUUGUUCUUUUGUUCAGGCAUUCUCUUGUUAUCUCCACAUCACCCCAUGUUACACCAAGGCAUCUUCCAGACAUCACCAUAUGUUACACCAGCCAUCUUCUAGACAUAACACCUUGGUACACCAAGGCAUCUUCUAGACAUCACACCUUGUUACACCAAUGCAUCUUCUAGACAUCACACCUUGUUACAACCAAGGCAUCUAGACAUCACCCGUGUUACAACCAAGGCAUCUAGACAUCACGCUGUGUUACACCAGACAUCUUCUAGACAUCACACCUUGAUACACCAAGGCAUCUUCCAGACAUCACACCUUGUUACACCAAUGCAUCUUCUAGACAUCACACCUUGUUACACCAAGGCAUCUUCUAGACAUCACACCUAGUUACACCAAUGCAUCUUCUAGACAUCACACCUUGUUACACCAAGGCAUCUAGACAUCACCCUGUGUUACAACCAAGGCAUCUAGACAUCACCCUGUGUUACACCAAGGCAUCUAGACAUCACACCUUGUUACACCAAGGCCAGUAAAUUUGUAUUGCUUCAUAAGCUAAUCGUUAUUUCUUCUACUGCUGUUCAUUUAUUCAUUUUGUGUGUGUGCACGCCAUUUAAAAUAAAUUGAUGUUAUAUCCCCGAGACUGGUGUCUUGAUUUCUGGAAGGUGAACUUUUCUCUGUCAGUUGGUCGUUUCUUGGCUCUUCUGUGCAUCAUGUUAAAAAGAUGUGAUGCGUCGCGUUGAGACAAGCCAGUUACUGCGGGGGACUGCUGAAGGGGAAACAGAGAACAGAACAAAAAUGUAGCGCUUUAACUUUCAGCCAUAUUUGGUUCAUUCCAGAUUCACAUUAAUGGAUUUUUUUACAAAUAAAAAUUUUG